UCAGGGCUGGUGACGCAGGCCCCGGGUGAUAAGCGUCGAGCCGGAGCCGCAGUUUAUCGCCAGUGAGGGAGGUUGAGUAUCUUUGGUUGAGUCGGAGCGCGGCGGCGGUAACGGCGACGGUAGCAGCGAGCGAGAUAGCAAGCGGCGACGGUACCGGUCGGCGAACCCUCAGCCCGCCUUCCCUGUGGUCUCAGCUUUGAAAGAUGACAUCCAGAAAGAAAGUUUUGCUGAAAGUCAUCAUCUUGGGAGAUUCGGGGGUAGGAAAGACCUCACUGAUGAACCAGUAUGUCAACAAAAAGUUCAGUAACCAAUACAAGGCAACAAUAGGGGCAGACUUUCUAACAAAGGAGGUGAUGGUGGACGAUCGAUUGGUGACAAUGCAGAUCUGGGAUACUGCAGGACAAGAACGUUUUCAGUCAUUGGGUGUGGCGUUCUACAGAGGAGCUGACUGCUGUGUGCUGGUCUUUGAUGUAACAGCGCCCAACACGUUUAAAACCCUUGAUAGCUGGAGAGAUGAAUUUCUCAUUCAGGCUAGUCCACGAGAUCCAGAGAACUUUCCAUUUGUGGUCCUUGGCAAUAAGAUAGACCUGGAAAACAGACAGGUCACCACAAAAAGAGCACAGGCAUGGUGUCAGAGCAAAAAUAAUAUCCCGUACUUUGAAACCAGUGCAAAGGAGGCAAUAAAUGUGGAACAGGCUUUUCAAACAAUUGCACGGAACGCACUAAAACAGGAAACAGAAGUGGAACUCUACAAUGAAUUCCCAGAGCCAAUCAAACUAGAUAAGAAUGACCGGGCAAAGACUUCAGCAGAAAGUUGCAGCUGCUGAGUGGAAGGGAUGAUCCACAAUCCAGGCCUUGACACCAGUCCUCAUUCUGUCCUUCCCCCUUCGACCACAAGCCAAGAUUCCUUCAUGCACCUUGGAUAUUGCCUCUGUGCACAAGGAAGAGCUGUACCUAAUUAGCAGACCUAAUGUAUAAUAACUGGUAACAUUGGAAGGAAAACUGAUGUAUACUGAACUUGUUUAUUGUCUGAAGACCCAUGUUUUACAAUUGUACUGUAAAAUGAAUUAAUGAUUUUUAAGUCUGUUCUGUCUGAAGGAGAACUGGAAUGACCAGUGAUCUCUCUUUCUCUCUCUCUCCCUACUCUCUUCCCCCCCCCCCCCCCCCCCCCCCCCCUCAAUCCUCUGAUGUCCAUUUUGAACAUGCUUCUUGGAGAUGACCUGAAACCCAUUCCUUACCUGCUCCCUGACUUGCCUUGUGCGAUGCCUGUCAGCUUACUAAGUGAGCCCACUUUAAAACUUGUUAAUCAUUCUUUGAUCUCAUGGGGAGUGAAAUGUUAAAUGCCUGAAGACUUAUCCAGAUUUUUAUUGGCAGUUAAACCUAAACUAUGAAUAACUUUGGUUCAAUAUUCUGUAACCACAGUUGAUCAAACUGCUUAAUUGCUGCAUUUUGGUUUUCUGUUUGUUCUUAAGUUGAUUUAAACAUGCUUGAUGUACUGUAUGCAGAAGAUCAGUAUUAAUUUAGCGGUCCAUUUGCUUUACCUACAAGCCACCCAAGAAUGGGAAUAGUAGCAUUACUUCUGAACAGCAUGUCUGGUACUGGUGACAACUUGCCAAAGUUACUAGUCUUGCUUCCUAGCUUACAAAUACUUUUUCCUACGGUUCAUAUUCUAGUACAUGGGACAAUUUCUGUAAUCAUGAGGAUAUUGCCAAUAAAUAGAGCAGGAGUGAU